CUUCUUUUUUUCGGACCACAGUGACUGCGAUCAGAUAAGAGGUUCAAGCUGACACAUUCCUCUGCAGUUUGCAACUGAAUCUAGGCUACAUUGUGGAUGAUGGAUUGCUCAGAGGAGGUUCAGUCUGUGUGUGAAGAGCCCAGCACUCAAAUGGAGCUUAAAAAGGGAAUGUCAGUUUUCAUUGAUAUUUUACGGAGGGCUGAUAAAAACGAUGACGGGAAGCUGUCUUUUGAUGAGUUUAGAUCCUACUUCUCUGAUGGAGUCCUGACAGCUGAGGAGCUGAAGGAGCUCUUCCACACAAUCGACACCCACAACACAGAUAAUUUGGACACGGAUGAACUCUGUGAGUACUUCUCCCAGCACCUUGGAGAAUAUGAGAAUGUUCUUGCUGCCUUAGAAGAUCUGAACAUGUCCAUACUGAAGGCGAUGGACAAAACAAAGAAGGAUUACCAGGAGUCCACCCACCUGGAGCAGUUUGUGACCCGCUUCCUGCUGAAGGAGACGACCAAUCAGCUUCACUCGCUUCAAAGCUCGCUCGAGUGCGCCAUGGAAACCACAGCCGAGCAGACUCGCCAAGAGAAACAGGGCCCUCUGAAGCCAGAAGGUUUGUCCAUCCAGUGGUCGGGCCGUCGCUCUAAUCGAAGGCUUCAGAGGAACAGCAGCCUCUCUCCCAACAACCCUCUCCUCAGCCUCGUCAAUUCAGGUGUUUAUGAUGAAGACAGCCAGUGGAUGAUUCAGGUCAACAGACUCCAGAAGCUUAUCGACCGUCUAGAACAAAAGGAAGUUCGUCUGGAGCCUGUCGAAGAAGAGGUCUUGGAGAGCAAAUCGCACAUCCUAAUAGUCCAGAGGCAGCUGUCGGUGCUGGAGGAGGAGCUGGAGGAGUUUCGCUUGGCUCUCAGACAGUACAUGGACUGUGCCUGUGCUCAGACUGGAUGUCUACACAUCGCAGUUCAGCGGCUGGCAAAUGAAUCACGCUUCAUUCUCUAUGAAUUCUGGGAGCACAACAAUGUGUGGAAGAAUCACCUACAGACCAACUACAGUAAAACCUUCCAGAGGGGGAACGUGGACUUUCUGGAGACCCCUGAGAACAUCACCACCAUGCUGGUUCCCGCCUCGUGGUGGGUCCUGAACAACAACUGAAAGUGGACCCUCCAUCGAUCGACACCGGUGGGUGCAAAGAGCAGUCGCUUGUCAACACAUCAGGACGUCCACAGCAGCAGCACUCACACACACACGCACGCACAAAUACAGACACACACACACACAAACACACGCAUCAACUUGACACAACUUGUGAAGUCAUGGUGAUUAGUAUUGAUUUUAAGACCUCCAUGUUCCUUCAUAGUUAGCUGGUAGCUGAAAUAGCCCCACGCGUGUUUGUUCACACUCCUCGACGACGCUCUGGCAUCCUGAAAGCAAUGACUUCAUCAGACGGUGGCCCAUCUGAUGAUCUGACAUCAUCACUGUGUUUGAUGUGACAUCAUCUGCAGCCCGGGGUGGGGGGGUGGGGGUUCCAUGAGAGCGUGUGUGUGUGCGCGCUUAUGUAACUAUGUUUGUGAGGAUCAGUGUUUGGCUUCACUUUCUGGCUUUAGGUUCACAUCAGGGUUUGGGCGUUUACAUAUCAUGGUUUAGGGGAAAUCUGUUAUGUCAAUUACUGCCCUCACAAAAAUAGCCAUACAAAUGUAUGCGUGCGUGAAAAAGAGGGGUCGAGGCACAGAGAGAGAUGUAUAAUUGUUUCAAUUGUAGCAGCUCUGGGGAGCUCAUUAAACCAUAAUUCAGUUGUUUCUGUAUUUAAUGUGUCAGAUAAAUAAAGAUGAUAUUGUUGCGUA